AUGCGACUGGUGAUUUUCUUUAAACGAUGUUUUAAUAAGAGACCAAGUUUUAAUAUUGAUUCAAUACAAGAUUUACCAUUUUCUGAGAAUAUUGAAUUAGCUUAUAAUUUCCUACAACCUAAAAAUGCAAGAAUUAAUUUAAAUAAAACGCCAGUUUUAUUUCUUCAUGGUUUAUUUGGUUCAAAAUUAUCAUUUAAUAGUAAUGGUAGAGAAUUAACUAGAAUUAUACAUAAUCCAGUUUAUACAGUUGAUUUAAGAAAUCAUGGUGAUUCUCCUCAUGUUUUACCUCAUAAUUAUAUAACUAUGGCUCAUGAUAUUUCAAAAUUUAUAAAUGAUCAAAAAUGGAAUAAAUGUAUAUUGAUUGGUCAUUCAAUGGGAGCUAAAGUCGCUAUGUUGGUUAGUUUAUUAUAUUCUAAAUUAAUAGAGAAAUUGGUGGUUAUUGAUAAUACUCCUCAUUCACAAAGAUUAGAUGAUUCUUAUUAUAAUGAUUUAUUAGCAAUGUGCGAAAUUGAACAUGAUUCAAAAGAGUUUAAAAAUGGAGAUAUGAGAAUAGUUGAUAUUGAUAAAGUAGAUGAUAAAUUAAAAGAUUAUGAAGAGUCAAGUCAUGUUCGUUCCUUAUUGAAAUCAAAUUUAAUAAGAACUAAAAAAGAUAUUGAAAGAAUACCGAAGAAUAAACAAAGUACAGAAGCUUUUAAAAUACCAGUUAUGAAUUUUUAUAAACAUAAUAUUAUAGAUUCAAUUUCAUCAUGGCCUAAUUUACAUGUUGAUAAAUUUAAUAAUCCAGUUUUAGUAAUGUAUGGAAAUCAAAGUAAAUUUGUAUUACCUGAGUACUUUAAAAAGUUUGAUGAGUACUUUACAAAUGUUAAAUUUCAAGAGUUUGAUACUGGUCAUUAUAUAUCUGUUGAUGAUCCAUUAAGAUUUGUACAUAGUUUAGCAAGAUUUAUUGAACCAAAAGUAGAAGAAUCAUUACAAACACAUCAUAAAAGACAUCAUAUUAAGGUAAAUAAAUAA